CACGGAAGAUGCCCUGAUAAUUCAGCUCAACCCCUCCGACUCGGACGACUUCUUCAUUUGAUGAAAAAAAAACUCCUCUCGUGACGUUUCGAGACAAGCCUCGCGCUCCAAACGCUUGCGCUCCGUGAUCUUUGAACCUCAAAGCCAGUCUCACUCUUCAUCUCCAGCAGUUCUUCGUCCGACCAAGGUUCAUCCCUCUCCUUCAAUACCAUCUCAAACCCGCGGUCGCGGACUGCGUCGUGGUGGUAUUCGUCAAACUCGUUCUCCCGGACCUCAACCCCAUUCCCGAGCCUCUCAGCCUCAGAACGUAAACCCGUCUACAUCUCAGCGGUCCUCUCCAGACCUCUCAACAUAACUUCAGCUUCGUUCAACACGCCAACGUCUGAAAUCCUGGACUGUCGCCCGCCUCCAACGCUCCUUGAAAGACAAAUGAUUUCCUUUCAGCCAUUAAGACUUUUCCAAUUGCUUUCAUCCUCAGGUUCUCAAUAAACAGCAUCACCGUCAUCCGAACACCCCGGGCUUCCAGCUUUUUUUCCACUCGGCGUCUACUUCCUCCUGUCAUUUCCGGUGACGGCAGCGAGACCUCCUCGCUCACCGACAGCUCCCCCUCGUGGGAGCAGGGUCGUAUUACCACCACUGGCUGCACCCUCUUUAGCAGAUCUUUCUCAGCUCCUAUCUACCGCUAUUUUAUCUCUGUCCUCGCAGACUUCUCAAAUUCCUCAUGCUCAUACCUCCACCCCUCUUCUCUUCAUGGUUCUCUCGUCCUCGAUCGUUCCUGCAAGAUGGAAAUGCGUCUCUGGCAUUACUUACUUUGUUCACUCGUUCAGCUUUGGAGGUGGUCCAAAUUGUGCUCCUAUUGGUACAACUUCAGCUUUUGCCAUUUACCAAUUCCCAGUGACUGCCUGCGGCACUGUCAUAACGGCAAUUUUUGGAGCUCAUGCCGCUUUUCAAUGUGCUAUAUGUGCAUGUCAGCAUGUGCAAGUGUUUUUCAUGUAAAGCAUCUUUGAGGGUCCUGAAAAGCCUUAUAUUGUCUGUCAUUUAAUCUCAUGUUUUGUUUUGUUUUGUUUUGUUUUUUAUCUUGCCAUUUUGCCACAGGAUGAACCCGGUGUUAUAGUCUGAGAAUGUAAUGUACUCUUAUGAAGUUGCUGUUGGACCUUAUGGCACUAUUACCAGGGACAGUCAAUACAAGCUGUUUGUCCAAUGCAGAUACAUUGGCACUUCUGUUGAAGCUUUGGUCAUUGAGGUUGGACCUGGACCUCUGCGAGUGGAGCUCAGGAUUGGAAAUGGUGUAUUUGCUAGCAAAGGUUGUUUGGAAGAGCCCGCAGCCUACACUUCCUACUGCACAGAUGCUGUCUAACCUGUCACAAAGGUUCUCAGAGACCCAGUAUAUGUUGAGGUCCGAAUCCUGGAGAGAACUGAUCCAAUUGUUUUGACUCUUGGAAGAUGCUGGACAAGUACUAGUCCUUUCCUUCAAAAUCUUUCCCAGUGGGAUUUGCUUGUUGAUGGCUGCCCCUGCUGUGAUGACAACUACCUAACAAACCUCAUCCCGUUAGAUGGCUCAACUGGACUGCCAUAUCCAACCCACUACAGAUGCUUUGUUUUCAAGAUGUUCACUUUUGUGAGUGGUGGUGGUGCUUCUGAUCCUAGAAAGAGGGCACCUGCAGAUCCAUCAGCAUGGACUCCGCUCCAUGAAAAGACAGAUUUCCGGUUCCUCCAGAAUUCUUUCCAGAGAAGAGACCACUGUUAUCAGUAAGAAAGUUGUCUUCACUACACCAACUGCUCAGUAAUGUCAUCGGAAUGGCAUUUUCAUCGUCAUGUCCAAUUUCUGAUAAAAAUUAACUGCGUUUCAAAUAAACAUUAU